AAUCUCUCUCCUCCACAGGGCGAGAGGUAGAGUGUAGAGUCUGAGACACUGUGCUCCCUCUCUUCUCUAUUCUAUUUCUAUGUGACACUCUCUCUCAAACCCUAUCCCUCCAAUCCCCAAUCAAUGGCGAUCCUCUCUCAAUCCACCGCCAGCUUCUCCUUCUCCUUCUCCUUCGUCUCCACUCGGACCGAUUCCACUCGCCUAACUCGCUUCCCCUCCCGCGUCACCUUCCGAGCCCGCUCGCCCCCUCGCCGCCACGCCCUCGUCUCUUCGCGCCUCAACUCCUCCAGGUCCCCCGACGCCGGCGGCUCCCUGUCGCCGGACAACGGCAGCGGUGACGUCGCCUACCAGCUCCACCACGACUUCUCUCCGCGGCGCCGGCGCCGCGGCUCGCCGGUGUUCGUCACGCUGCCGGUGAAUUCCGUCGGCCGGGAGGGCCGUGUCGCGCGGCCCAAGGCGAUGAUGUUCUCACUCAAGGCUCUCGCCACGGCCGGCGUGGAAGGCGUGGUUAUUGAAAUUUGGUGGGGAUUGGUCGAGAAGAACAAACCUAGGGUUUACGAUUGGAGAGGGUAUGAGGAACUCGUCGCGAUGGCGUGCAAGUGUGGCCUUAAGGUUCGAGUGGUUCUCGCCUUUCAUCAGCAUGGCACGGGACCUGAUGAUCCCAAUUGGAUACCUCUUCCUCUAUGGGUGCUUGAUGAGAUACAGAAAGAUAUAGAGUUAGCGUAUUGUGACAGGUUUGGAAGAAGAAAUAUUGAAUACAUUUCCCUUGGAUGUGAUAUUCUUCCUGUGCUACAUGGGCGUUCACCUAUUCAAGCGUAUGCAGAUUUUAUGAGGAAUUUUAGGGACACUUUCGGGUCUUUGCUUGGUGUUAUCAUCACAGGUGUACAGAUUGGCAUGGGUCCUGGUGGUGAACUAAGAUAUCCUUCAUUCUCUUCACAGGAGCCAAAUUUGGCUUGGCCUCAUGAACUUGGAGAGUUUCAGUGCUAUGAUAAGUAUAUGCUUGCUUCUCUGAAUGCCUCUGCAAGAAAUAUUGGAAAGCGUGAAUGGGGAAAUGGUGGUCCAUUUGGUAGUGGAAGUUUGAUGCAAAAUCCGGAGCAUACUGAUUUUUUCAAAAAUGACGGUGGCUCUUGGGACACACCAUAUGGUAAAUUUUUCCUUGAAUGGUACUCAGAUAUGUUGCUGCUGCAUGGGGAGAGGAUUUGUAGGGAAGCUGAAACUAUAUUUAGGGGUUCGGAAGUCCAUAUAUCAGCAAAAUUGGCUGCCAUUCACUGGCACUAUGUCACGCAAUCCCAUCCAUCAGAGUUAACAGCUGGUUAUUAUAAUACUUCUAACAGGGAUGGAUACUUACCCAUUGCUCGCAUGUUUAGCAAGUAUGGAUUUUCAAUGUGCUGCUCUUGUUUUGAAAUGCAAGAUGCUGUAAUGCAGAAGAUCAAUCCAGAUGGUAGUCCUGAAGGUUUUCUUAGACAGCUUUUGCUGGCUGCUAGGCUCUGUGAUAUAUCACUCGAAGGUCAAAAUUUUUCAACUAAUUUGGAUGAUGGUGCAUUCACCCAGGUGCUUAAGAUGUCAAAAUUUUACUCAGAUGGGAUUGAGAAGCGAUCUUUCUCAUUCAACUUUGUAAGAAUGGACAAAAGAUUGUUUGAAUCCCGAAAUUGGGAUCGGUUUACUCGUUUUGUGAGACAAAUGUCUAAUGGAAACAUUUUUCGAGCCAGAUUAAAUUCUGUUCGUGACGUACGGUUGAAGACCACACCAGUGGUAGCAGCAGUGGGACUAUUGUAUCACCUAUAUCAGCACUCUUGAAACUAGUGUUGGCCUUUUUUCUUUAGGCAUAUGUAGUAUUUAUGCGAUCGAUGCAAGAAAGUAUGAUGACCUCCGGUCGAAUGUUGUUAAAUGUGUAGUAACUGCUGAUUCUUCAAAUGAUUCUUUUAUUGCUUUUUGGCAAGAAGUUACUUCCCCAAGGUAACACAUUACAUUGCCUUCCAGUUUUUUUUUUUGAUAUGGGUGGCAUGUUAUCCACUUGUACCUGUAUUUCCAGUAGACAGAGAUAUAGUUUAAAACCAGUUACUGUUGAGAUCUUGGUUCUUCACAGCCUUCUCUUUUUAAUAUUUUUUUUUUCCUGUUGA